UGGAAACAGCAGUAACGUGACGCUGUCAGACUCGGACAACAUAAAAAGGAGUAGAGUAGGAAGGUAUUUAUAUAAUUUUAUCGGAGUUUUGUUUCAAGAAAAAAAUCUUCAGGUUCAGGUUAAGUUUCUGUUAACGUUAGCUCCUCGUUGUUAUAAGCAACAACAAAACAACACCGAGGUUAGAGUAAACAGUUGACCUAUUUAAGUUUAGAACGGACUUUUAACGUUAACCAACUGGAAAACCAAAAACUUCUGAAAGUAAUUUCAGAUGAACCGACAAUGUUUAAAGUAAGAAUUUGAAGCAAGAAGUUCAAUUUUGGAAAUGGCUUCAAGCAAAGUUAUUCACAGAAGAAAACCGGACUUUCCUGUAAUCAGACCAAGAGCAUCGGAUAAGAACCAGCACAUUCAGGAGGUCAGUGUUAAAAGUCUUGAACUCAGUAAAGUGAUUCGUCUUCUUGAGGAGCCUUUGACAGCUAACUUGAAGGAGAGGCACCUUUUUGUACUGAAGAAACUACUCAAGAGAAACCAGAUUGGCUUUCUUUUGAAAGAGCUUACAUGCAUCGCCAAAAUACUCAACAUCUGUGCUGAGAAAGUGACGGAUCACCCUGAAUAUCUGCCCAUUUUGUGUGAGGCACUCCAAAUUUGUAGGCUUCCCUUCCUGAAGGAGAAAGCAUCUGAUGAGCUGAACUACGCUCAGGACGUCAUAGAGUUUCUCUCUCACCUGGGCUGUCUGAUGAGGGUGUCAGAUGCUGAAGUGAGACAGCACAUAGUUGAGUCUGUGAAAUCAUUCUACAGCUGUGUGGCUCCUAAACAGCUGCUUGACGGUACGGACCGUCUCACCAAGACAAAGCCUCGGACUUUCCACUCUGACAACCGAUUUUCUAGACUUUCACUGAGGCUUCAGCCAACCACUCCAGGCUAUAGACUGCAGCUGCUGGAGCGCGGUGACCUGGCUCAGACGUUGCUCCUCUCCAUGGCCGUUCUGGAAAACCAGCCCGCCAUCAAGUUGCAGCUGCUGCAGACACUUCAGAUCCUCUCCAGCUCCUCUGAUAUGAACUGUGCGUUAAUACUGAACGCACAAGGAGCAGAGACGAUCUGUCUCCACAUGAACGAACCCGACCCGUCCGGUCAGGUCCUGUUCUACUCCUCCGAAAUCCUCUGGAACCUGCUGGAGAGAGGCAGCAAGGAGGUCACUGCUCAGCUCAGCAGCAUGGAGUGUGUCAUAUCUCUGAAAGAAGCGUUUUUUCACCAGCUGAUGAACGGUUUCAGACAUUCUGACCUCCAACUCAGAAAUGAUCUGCUUGUGAUUACAACUCUCAUCGCUGCAAAGCCCAACCCUCUACUUAUUGAGAGUUUAUUUACCCAACAGCUCGUGGUUAUCGUCACAUUUCCAGAGCUGAAAAGUCCCAACCCUUUGAUCCGCAACCUCAAGCUCAGCUACAAUAACGAAGACUUCAAAAUGAAGAAGAUGCUUUUGAAUCUGUUGGUUUUAAUGUCAAAGGACUUUGCUGCGCUACAGCUCUAUAAAGAGGAAAGAGUUAUGUAUGCUCUGCUGAUGCUCGUGAGGCCGCCUGCUGCCUCGUCUGAGCGCCAGUCAGCUUCCCGUCAGUGGUCCUCCGUCCAGCAGGAGGAGCUGCAGCUGCAGGCGCUCGCCACCCUCUCCACCGUCGCUCCACUCAUGUUGGACGAAUACAUGUCCUCUCAGGGAAACGCUUGUCUGCUGCUACUGCUGGACUGGUGCGUUGCUCAAGAUGCUUUCUUUGGCCAGGGUCACGGCUCCCCUGACACAAGAGGAAGAGGCAGUAAGAUGGCCCAGAUGCAGCAUUGUAUAGGAGUGCUGAGAUCUGUGACUUCUUCAGGUGAAGAGUCAGUCAACCAGGACCUUUGUGAUCAAGGAACCAUCAGCCAGCUCCUGGGGAUUUUGAUGCAGAUGGAAACGAGUCCUGAUGAGGAGGAUGUAGUCACCCUGGAGAUAAAGUUAGAUAUUCAACUGAUACUUUCAGCGCUGUGUGAGAGCAACAUGCACAGAAAGGAACUGUUUGGAUCAGAGGGAGUUGAGAUGGCAGUUCACUUCCUGAAGAAAGGCUCCAACAAGUUCUACAGUGGUCUGGGACACAACAAGCUCAUCCUCUCCACAGUGGACUGCGUGUGGUCCUGUAUUGUGGGCUGCUACACCACAGAAGAUUACUUUCUGGCCAAGGAGGGGGCGUCUGUCCUGUUGGACUUACUCAGUUCGAGCCCCAGAUGCGUACACUGCAACAUCCUCGCCACCCUGCUGGAGUUAUGUGACAACCCGAACGCUCUGUCUCACAUCCUGAGCUGGAGGGAUGUCGACGGUCAGACGGCUCCUAGAUUCCUGCUGCAGCUGUGGAUGGACGAGGAGGAAGAGCUGAAAGUCAGCCGAAACCAACACGGAGGUAUCGCAGAUCCCCGGAGGCCCAUCCUCAGUCGUUACCAGCAGGACGACACCCAGCUGUCAUUUCCUGCUAACAGGCCGAGUGCAGCAGUGCUGGAUCUGUCAGAGAACCUGCGGUCAAAGAUUUACUUUAUCUUCUGCAAACUUGGUUUUCAAGACCUUCCUGGAUUGUCAAGAAAACAUUAUGUGACCUUGAGUGUCAUCAGGAGGUAUCUGGACUUCAAGGUCGGUGAGGUGUGGGAGGAGAUCAGCAGGGAGCUGAGUUUGGACGGUGUGAGGCCGAUCACCCCCGAUGAAGAGGCUCUGAUCGCUGUCUGUAAGAUCACAGAGGACAAAGCGAGGACUGUUGCAACAGAACAAAAGAGCAUCCUAGAGCAACAGGAGAAGGAAGACCUCGGCGAGGAGGAGCUCAUGUACACAGAGAUCAAGUCUCACUGGAAGCAGCGGGAGCUCACAGCCAAGUCAUGGGACAGUUACGUUUCCAAGACUUCAAACUAUGAGAUACUGAAGGAAGUAAAAGCACAGAGGGAGCAAUACAUUGAAUCAUCCAGACCCAAGCCAAAGCAUGAGGACGCUGCAGUUCAUCGUACAGAGCUUUUCAUUGGGCAGGUGAUGUCUGUGGAGAGAACAGAUGCUCCGGGGCCCGCAGGAGUGAAACUGACGCUGGCCAGAACUCACAUCAAGGCUGCAGGUCAGGAAGAAGUGGGACUCACAACACAGCACCCAGAAUACUUCAGCACCGCAUCUGUCACAGACUGAUGUUUAAUACACGCCCUUUGCAUUGUAAUUGUUGCACCUUUAUUUUGUCUUAUGUAUUUGAAUGUAUACUCAACACACAACAAAACAAACUGUGCAGCAUAUUCACAUGUUUAUCAUAAAUUAUUUCUAUUAGCCGAUUCAUUUCCAGCGUCUGUUCUGACUUUGGCAGCAAAUGCAGACAUGAGGUCACUUGAUGUGCACAAUUAGCACUUUGUAGUCUCGUCCACUUCCAAACCCCUUAAACAGACACGCACAGUGCAUUAAACUGACUGGCCUUUGUAUUCUAACAUGUCUUAUUUCAACAUGACUGAUGCACAGUACGACUGUUACAAUUCAUGUGUAUUAAAUAAAUAAAACAACAUAGCAAGUGUUUUUCAGAUAACAUGAAAACUUUUUUUUCCAAUAAACAUAUAAUUCAAAUAUUUCUAUGCAUUAAUUCUCCAACAUGCUUUGUUUAUAUAACCGACGCAGCAACAUGAGCAGUGAGAACAAUCAUAGUGGCAUCAUGGAAACUGAGGGCUUAAGUAACAUCAGAAUAACAACCAGUAAAUUACUUUAAACAUUAAAAAAGUCUAAUUAUGUCCAGUAAGUGUACUUUUUGUGUUUGACAGCUGCGUCGGCACUCAGAAGGUCCAUCUAGGAAAGUUGAUAAAAAAAGUAUUUUCUGUAUCAAAUUUUUUUGGGUUACAUAAGUCCCUGCAGCGCAUUAACACACAUGUUCCUUCAAGCGUACAACAUGCUGCACAGAGCCUCUUCUUCUUCUCGCUCUGCUCUCACCCAUUUUACUGGCUGGAUGACCAAAUCAUCCCUGACAGGCCGUGGCUUUUCAUGCAGCUUUGUGAGUGCGUGCUGACCCCGGUCAGGCUGGGACAUUCACACUUUACAAAAGAGCAGGGACACAGAGGAGCCUCUUCAGUACGUCAGGCUGCCACUGUUUGUUCAGGCUGCUGAGGGGCUUCACAUGCUGUCUGUCUGUCUGCGGGCGCUGAGCAGCUGCAGCCGUCGAUGAAGGUGAGCGUGGCUGGGUGCGGAUCAACUCCCCGAGGACCCGUUAACUUCCAACUGAAGGUUGAAGGUUGAGCUCAGCAGCAGAAAUGAUCAUCAGACUGGGACGGCUGACACCAGGAUACUUCCAUCUCCUCCAGAGGCAGGUCUCAGGUGAGGUCCGGAUGCAGCCACAGAGCAGCCUCAUCAAUCCCAUCGCCAUGACGAUGGCCACAUUGGGGAUGGGAGUGUCUCUGUACAGCGCCAGGCAGAUGGCAGAGAGGGUCCAUCUGAAACAUCAGUGAGAAGCUCUGUGGGCGGUUUGUUUGUGUAUGUGGCAGAAGGUUUGUGAUGGAGGAGGUCGAGAGGGUCCAUGUUCACGUGUUGGUGCUUGAAGGAAAAUCUAAUAAGUGUCCCAGGAGGAAAAUGUGUCGUGUUGUCAAAACAUUUACACAUUCUUUGCAAUCUCAACAUUUAUAAGUAUAAGUAUAUAACAUAUAUAUAUAUAUAUAUAUAUAUAUAUAUAUAUAAAUAUGAGUGAAGCCUGCAAGUUUGACCUGCAGCUGCUAUUAUUUCCUGCAUUUUAUAGUGCAAUUUAAAUUAAUAAAAAUAACCACAGAAAAUAUAAUACAAUAUUAUAUAUAAAUAUUUAAAUAUUUCAGUAAGGUCAUUAGUUUGUUGUACUUUAGCACCUUCAUGUUUUGAAUUUAGAUUGUAACUUCUAUAGCAGCAUCCCCCUUUGAGUAAUCAGCUAUGGGAAAAUCUCUUUUCAUCAUGGCAUCUUCGGUUUGCUAAAUUAAAAUGUUAUGUUUGUACUAGAAUAAUAAUAAAGGAAAUGUGUGUAAAUGCAAAAUGCCACUAAAAGACAUUCAAAUGAUUAACUUUGUAUAGCAACAUAUUUGGUCAUUUGAUGUAAUUCUCAAAUAAAUGACAUCUGUGUGCAG